GUCGUUCCCGAGCGCUGGCAGCGACGCACUUGGUAUCGCCAUGGGAGACGAGGCGUCGUCGCCGAAGCGCAAGAAAGUACGCGCAAAGUACGCGUCCAGAGCUUGCGUGUCGUGUCGGCGCUCCAAACUCAAGUGCUCUGGCGAGAACCCCUGCCAGCGAUGCGUCGACAACGGGAAGCGCUGCUUCUACUCGGAAGACCAGACGGCCGCCGAAGCGCUGCAGAACCUGAGUCGACCCACGCCCGUCCACGCGCCCUCGGAUACCACCGACAACGGGAAUGCCACCGGGGCAGCUCGCCGCAGUCUGCUGCCGCAAGGCGAAGGCGUCGAGCGGCGGGCCAGCGAUGCCAGCGUGCUGGGCAUGUCCAUUGAAGCACGCAUGGCGCGCAUCGAGAGCAUGAUGGACUCGCUGAUACUGGAGCGUGCCAGGACCGCCACGCCUCGCACCAGCAUGGAGCGCGACGCGGCAGCCAGCGAUCGUCUCCAUGCCGACUUCCUCAUGCAAAUAGCUGGGGAAGCCACCAUGUCUGCCUUCCCACCCAUCGCCGAAGGAGACCUUGACUUCGACAACGGCCCGGCCAGGCUUCGGCAUUCCCUCUCAGCAGUAAGCCCUGCCAGCAGUGCCGAUGCUGCUGCCACCAUCCGCGUCGGUCACAAAACGCUCGCAUUUCCCAACCCAGCCGAGUACCAGAGGUAUCUUGACAUCUUCUUUGACGACAUUGCACCUUAUUAUCCGUGUGUGAACGAGCUAGACUUCCGUAUCAACAGUGAGAAGCUACUGUCAGCACCUGCGAUCCAAGCAGACCAUGUGUCGCUUCUGGCACUCAACUACAUCGUCUUCGCCUGUUCAGAUAUUGCAACGUCAUUGGACGUGGCAAGCUCCCCAUCACAAGUCAGCUCUCCCGGGUGGCAGUGGUUUCGGGCGGCAGAUGAAUUGGUCGGUAAACGCAAGUUGAGCGGCCAAGUUGAUCUUUGCUUGAUACAGUUUCUGGCUUUGGAGGCUGUCUACCUGAUGUACGCCGACAAGGGAAAUGCUGCCUACAGCAUCAUUGGGCAGGCGUGCAGAAACUGCUUCCUGGCAGGGCUCCACCAGCAAUCCUCAUCGUCUUGGCGAAGUUACACGCCCUUUGAGAUUCACAUGCGACAACGAAUCUUUUGGACAGUAUAUUUUCUCGAUCGCCGAAUAUCGCUCAGCUGCUGUCGGCCGUAUAGUAUCCGCGAAUCUGACAUUGACAUCGAGCAACCUGCAUAUCUUUACGACAAGGAAAUCCAUCCCGAUCGGCCCCUACCAGACCUCAACAUUGUACAGUCGUCGAAUGUUUACCUCAAUUGCAUGGUAUGUUGGGGACGUCUGGCAGCAGAUGUUUGGGACGGUACGUUUGCUGCUGCCAUGUCCAAAGACCGGGUAGCCAACGACAACGCACUCAUUCUUGAUGCCCGCAUCAAACACUGGACUGAUGUCAUUCUCCCUACUAUUCCAUUGUUGCCUCAUGAAUUCCCUCCUGAACCCCGUCAGCUACGGCAGCACACUAUCGUACAAAACAGCCUCGAUCAGCUCCGCCUCCUACUGUUUCGUCAAACGAUGCUCAGUUUGCGGUACGAUCCCGAUGUUGCGUGCCUGUGUAGGGAUCUUGCUAUCAACAUUGUGCAAAGGAUCAAAAACCAUCAAGGCGAUGUAGGCCAGCCAACAUCCUUCCGAUUCCCGAUGGCAUCAUGCCUGGGUGGUGCAAUGUUGAUACUAGCGACCUUGAACUUCCGCGACAUGCCAUGCAUCCCUUCAGACAACCAUUCAUUAACGCAAUCCGAAGAAGCAUAUGGCGAAGCUACCAGUAUCCUGGCUGACUUGUCUCCUGGACUCGCACUCGCACGCCGCAUAAAGAAGGAUUUCGCUGACCUCGAAAGUUUGUACCGACAGACUGUCGACCCGACCGAACUAAAUUUCGGAAACGAUGGCCCUGUAGAAAGGCAGGAGCUAUUUCCUUAUACAUCAUUGGAUUUCACACAGCAAUUUGGCUUCGACAAUGAAGCUGAUGCAAAUAACAGACACACGAACGGAUCAAGCUCGGCAUCGACCUUGAAUACCGAUCUAUGGAGCUCGAUUUUUGCGACCAAGGAGGGCAAGUACGGGGUUCCGUGGAUGUGAGGUGACAAGAGAGUCGAAAUUUGGUUCAUGAUUUUCUUCCUUGCCUUCUGAGAGUUACAUCAUGGGACUGGGCAUAGCGAAAAUCAGUCUCAAGGCGUUUGUUGCGUUCUGAGAUUUGUAUUGACAUUGAUACCCCAAGGGCCCAAGCACGAUUUAGGUCUGUACUUCACAUGUGGAUUGUGUUUGAAUAGCAAUGAGAUGUACGUGGAUAGAAGUGUUCGAUUAUGAGCUAAGACUCUUCAA